UCACUGAGGAAACUGGUUGCAUUUUAUUGUGGCGUUUCGUGGCAAGUGCUUCUUAUCCGCGUGCUCAGCAUUUUGGUGUGUGUUUUCGUGAAAAGGAAUUAGUUUAUCAAUUGGAGAUUUGCGGUCGCAACAAACAAGAAUGUCGUCGACGGCGAAGUAUACAUCAGAGGAGCUUCUUGGAGAAUCCUGGGUAGAGCUGAAUCCAAUAUCAGCAGACAGGAUAACGCCUUUGCCUUUCAGUAGCGGUGGAGAAGAGUACUUGCGUCUCCUGAGGGAAGCUCAACGUGACUCAACGCAAUCUUCAGCAAGACAUUCCCUGGCAUCUUCUCGACGAGACACACCUCGAGACAGUCCUAAGAGUCCACCAAACAGUCCAAAUACGGAAUUAUCGAUAGAGGAUGACCUGAGGGGAGUUUAUAUUAAUUAUAAUUGCAAUAAGGAUGGCGAAUUGUUGGAAAAAAAUAACGAGUGGAUGUACGAGUGGAGUUCCAGGCCAGAUCAAAUGCCGCCAAAAGACUGGAAAUUCAAACAUCCCCUGAACAUCACAAAAAGGAAAAUGUACAGCAUUAGAACAGCAAAAGUUGGCAAACAAGGACUGUUUUCAAAGGAAGUUCUGUACACUGUUUUCCUAACAAACUUCUUGUCUCUACUGAUUGGAACUGGAGUUGGAGUUUGGCUGACCAGGCGAGGACUUUUGAUGGCUAGGGUGGCCAUCAAUUAAACUUCUGUCGAUUAACUGCAAGACGAAUUGUGAUCAAAGCGAAGAAAAAGUGAUCGCAAAAAGCUGGCUACGGGACGCAAGAAAGACUGAUGUUGGAAGGCUAAAGAAGCACACACUUCUCAUUAUCCGAUAAACAUUUCUUACCUUCUACUUUGCAGUCAAUGUACUUCUGAAAAUAACGGCACGUUUCAAAAAGAACGCACACUACUAAUUAUUAAGAAGAAAUAAAGGCUUUUUAAGAUGGAAAAAGGGGGGAAAAAGAGGAUCGACGUAAACUGUAGUUGAUAACGCGAACCUGUCCAUUUUAUACCGUUUCUUAUAAUGCGCUUUUAUCUGCGAUAAUCGUUAGAAUAGCAUGGAUAGUAUUUAUCUCUGAAUUUGCUGGAUAGAGAGGAAGUGAGUGAAUUGAGAGGAAAUGAUGGGAGAGAAAGUGAAGCUGUGAUUGAAAAAGCAGCGGAGAGAGUAAAGGGUUAGGGCAAAUUAUAUCAAUUUGCUUUUUACAAGGAUUAAUCGUUAGUUUUUAACGACAAAAAAUAUCUACAAGCAUAAUCCUCGCGUAACCGAAAUAUUAUCAUAUUACCCUCUUUUGUGUAUGAUCGAAUGAAACUUCUGAACAGUCGCACUUAUCCAGGAAAUGCUUUCUUAUCCAUUUUGAAUUUAAAUAUUUCAAAUGGAAAGCAAAAGAAAAAACUUUUAUGUUCCAGUGAGUUUAUUUCUGAUAAACUAUCAACCCUGGGAUAACUUUCAGAAAUAUGUAUUUCCUAGUUUACUUUUUUUUUUACUUUUAGAGUAGGGCUGAUUCGAAGUUAAAAAGUAGUUCUUUUAUAACAAGAAACGUAGUUUUUACUGUUUUGAACGACAGAAAUGUCAAUACAUAUUCUACGUUAGAUUAGAAAAAAAGAUAAUAAAAUGUUGGACUAAUAUAACAUAAAGUUUCCUCGCUGAACUGUCAAACUAUUUUCUCUUUCAUUAAAUUACGGUUAGUGGUACAAACAAAGGGGUACAAAGAAAGUUCUUUGUUGAGUACUUAUUAUUUUGUUAAAUAAGUGCUUAGUUAAUUAAUUUUUUUUCGAAUUAUGAAGCAACCAGUUGUCUGCUAUUCUGCAUGAGUAUUGGAUGUACCAAUGAUUAAUUUGCUCAGAUUAAAAUUUUGGAUAGAAUUUAUCAGAACGAAAUUCUAUCAGAGAAUUUGAGAAAAUGUACGAUCUUUUGUUCUAAGGGAUUAAAUGACCUAGUCGAUUUUGGCAUGAAUUUAUUGUACAUGCUAUAGGAAAAAAUCGGGAAUUCGCUCUUUAAAAACUUGUUUUGUUUUGAUUUGCAUCCUCCGUGAAAUAUGAUGCUCUUAAUUCGUAUCAGUCGAUAUUUAUGCAUUAAAUUUGUAGUGGCAUCGUUUAUAAUUUUAUUCUUAUUAUUUUUAGUUCUUCCGUUAGUAAUAUACGGUGUUAAGGUAUUUAUAUCGAAUCUUUCACGAGGUACUGAUGAAUUCUUUAUUUUUAUCUCUGGAUAUGAGAAAGAAUAUGUUUCACAGGUUUGUAAUUAUUAUCAAAUAAAGCAUUUUGUAAAUUUA